UCUCCCUUUAUGUCAUAGAUUUUUUUCUCUCUCUCUUUCACAUACACAAAUAUAAAUUAUAAGAAAUAGUCCAUCCCAUUAUAUUACUACUAUUAUUAUUUAUAUAUUUUUUUCUCCUUUUUCAUAUAUGGAAGAUUCAGAAGAAGAUGAGCUUCUAAAUCUUAGCCUUUCAGUUUCUUCCAAUAAAGAAAGAAAAAAAAAGGGAAAAAACAUCACAAAUAAUAUUAGAAACUCCUAUGAAGGCUAUGAAGCAAAAAUCUUUAGAGUUCUUCAAAUGAGAGAACAAAUGAUAAGACAAGAUCAUAGAAGAAAAAGUGUUGUUAAUGAAGAUCAUGAAAAUGGUCUUCCAUUAAUUCACUUACUUCUAACAACAGCAACAUUAGUUGACAACAACAACUUUGAUUCAUCUCUUACAAACCUAACAGAUCUUUACAAAAAUGUUUCCUUAACAGGUGAUUCUGUUGAACGUGUUGUUGCUUAUUUCACAGAUGGUUUAACAGCAAAACUUCUGUCAAGAAAAUCACCAUUUUAUGACAUGGUUAUGGAAGAACCAACCAUUGAUGAAGAGUUUCUUGCUUUCACUGAUCUUUAUAGAGUCUCACCUUACUUUCAAUUUGCUCAUUUCACUGCAAAUCAAGCUAUCUUAGAAGCUUUUGAAAAAGAAGAAGAAAAAAACAACCGUUCUAUUCAUGUUAUUGAUUUUGAUGUUUCUUAUGGAUUUCAAUGGCCUUCACUUAUUCAAUCACUCUCUGAAAAAGCAACAAGUGGAAACAGAAUCUCACUAAGGUUAACAUGUUUUGGUAAGAAUCUUAAAGAGCUUCAAGAAACUGAAAGUAGGUUAGUUAGUUUCUCAAAGGGUUUUGGAAACCUAGUUUUUGAGUUUCAAGGGUUAUUAAGAGGUUCUAGGGUUAUUAACCUAAGGAAGAAGAAAAAUGAAACUGUGGCAGUUAAUUUAGUUUCUUAUUUAAACACUUUGAGUUGUUUUAUGAAAAUAUCUGACACAUUGGGAUUUGUUCAUUCUCUUAACCCUUCCAUUGUUGUGUUGGUUGAACAAGAAGGUAGUAGAAACCCUAAUAGAAACUUUUUGUCAAGAUUCACAGAUUCUUUGCAUUAUUUUGCAGCCAUGUUUGAUUCACUUGAUGAUUGUUUACCACUUGAUAGUAUUGAGAGGUUGAGGAUUGAAAAGAAGGUUCUUGGAAAAGAGAUUAAAAGCAUGCUUAAUUAUGAUGUGGAAGGUGGUUUUGAACUUGAUUGUCACAAAUAUGAAAAAAUGGAAACAUGGAAAGCUAGAAUGGAGAAUCAUGGAUUUGUUGGUACUAAAAUAAGCUCAAAAGCUAUGAUACAAGCUAAAUUGUUACUUAAGAUGAGGACACAUUAUUGUCCACUUCAAUUUGAGGAAGAAGGUGGUGGUGGUUUCAGGGUUUCAGAAAGAGAUGAUGGAAGGGCUAUUUCUUUAGGAUGGCAAAAUAGGUUUCUCAUAACUGUCUCAGCUUGGCAAUCACUAUGAUAUCAUAUCAUAUCAUAUAACCUAACCCUUUUCAUCAUUUUUAUGCUAAUCAUCUUUUUCUCAUC